AAUCCGCCGUACCGGUCGAACACGUGGUGGCACUGCAAUUUGAAGAUCAGGCUGCGUCCCAUGACCCGGAACAUGCACUCACGGGACAGGAUGCCAGUUCCGGAAGCCGACGUUUUCUCCUCCCCCGUGCCCAGCCGAGAAUUUGGCGUUGAACAACCGGAGCUCGGCCUCAGUGGGCAGGCGACCGCCCUGGACGACAGCGUACUUGGAGAGGUUGGCAUACGACGUCAGCACGGGCCAGUUCUUGGCGAUCUUCAUUGGAAUGGGCCCAUAGAGAGUGCGGACC